AUGGAUUCCAAAACCCCUUUACAGGGGCUAAAGAGAAAAGCUCCUCUAGCUCCAGACGAGGGCUACAGGCGCACAGCGGCUGGUUUCAUCGCCAAAUCCGAGACAUGUACCCCCGUUGCUACUAACGGAGACAUCAUUGUCUACACCCCAGAUACUCCCUUGAUUAACUCGAAAAAGAGUGCCGAGCAGGGGAACCACGCUCGUUUCCUAGUCUCCUCUAGGCACCUCGCACUUGCGUCACCUUAUUUCAAAGCAAUGCUGCGAGACUGCUGGGCUGAAGGGAGUGCACUAUCUGAAAAGGGAUAUACGGAAAUUCCCGUGAAAGAGUGCAAACCCGAUAUCCUUCUCAUUGUGCUGAACAUUAUACAUGGACGUUCUCAACAAGUUCCCAAGAAGUUGUCUUUACAACAACUCACCAAUAUCGCCGUGAUUACCGACUUUUUCCAAUGCAACGAGGCAAUUGUGAUGGCUGCUAAGACGUGGAAAGCAGCCAUCGAGAAACGUAGUCCACUGUUUCCAUCGUCCGUCUCCCCCGCGAUCAAAAUCAAAUCAUGGAUUCUAAUAUCUUCGGUCUUCGGUUUCCAUGAUACACACAAAUUAGUGACAAAGAUUGCCAUGCAGGAAGGAACAGGUCCCCUUAUGACCGAUGCUUUGCCGAUUCCAAAACAUACCAAAGGCGUACCGGAUCGACGAAGCUAG